GAAGAUCUUUACGUCAUCCUGAUGCGACACAUCUUUGUCAGUGAACAAAAUGGCGUCCUACUGUUUGACUGUCACCCGGCUCCAGCUGGUUUUGGGACAGGGGGCCCGGCGGCUGCACGUGUCAGCGGCCCUCCGUGCGAAGGCCAGUGUGGCCAUGAGCCGCUUCGAACCCGGCUCCAGCAUCAACUACGAGCAGCUGCGCUCAAAGAUCCACAUCGUCCGCAAGAGACUGAACCGGCCGCUCACCCUGUCGGAGAAGAUCGUGUACGGGCACCUGGACGACCCGGUGGGGCAGGAGAUCGACCGCGGGCGUACGUACCUGCGUCUGCGGCCGGACCGCGUGGCCAUGCAGGACGCCACGGCGCAGAUGGCCAUGCUGCAGUUCAUCAGCAGCGGCCUGCCCCGCGUGGCCGUGCCCUCCACCAUCCACUGCGACCACCUGAUCGAGGCCCAGACCGGCGGGGUCCAGGACCUGCAGAGGGCCAAGGAAGUGAAUCUGGAGGUGUACAACUUCCUGGCCAGUGCUGGGGCCAAGUAUGGAGUGGGCUUCUGGAAACCAGGCUCUGGAAUCAUCCAUCAGAUCAUUCUGGAGAACUAUGCGUACCCGGGCGUGAUGCUGAUCGGCACGGACUCUCACACGCCCAACGGCGGCGGGCUGGGCGCCAUCUGCAUCGGAGUGGGCGGGGCCGACGCCGUGGACGUCAUGGCCGACAUCCCCUGGGAGCUGAAGUGCCCCAACGUGAUUGGCGUGAAGCUGACGGGCUCUCUGUCGGGCUGGACCUCGCCGAAGGACGUGAUCCUGAAGGUGGCGGGGAUCCUGACCGUGAAGGGGGGCACUGGGGCCAUCGUGGAGUACCACGGGCCCGGGGUGGACUCCAUCUCCUGCACCGGAAUGGCCACCAUCUGUAACAUGGGAGCAGAGAUCGGGGCGACCACCUCAGUGUUCCCCUACAACCACCGCAUGAGGACCUACCUGGACAAGACGGGCCGCGGAGACAUCGCUGCCCUGGCGGAGGAGUACAAGGACGACCUGGUGCCAGAUCCCGGCUGCCACUACGACCAGGUCAUAGAGAUCAACCUGAGCGAGCUGAAGCCCCACAUUAACGGGCCCUUCACCCCUGACCUGGCUCACCCUGUGGAGGACAUCGGGGCGGUGGCCGAAAAGAGCGGCUGGCCUCUGGAGGUCAAAGUUGGUUUGAUUGGCAGCUGCACUAACUCCAGCUACGAGGACAUGGGCCGGGCCGCCUCCCUGGCCAAGCAGGCCCUGGACCGCGGGCUGAAGUGCAAGGCCCAGUUCACCGUCACGCCCGGGUCCGAGCAGAUCCGCGCCACCAUCGAGAGAGACGGCUACUCAAAGAUCCUGAGUGACGUGGGAGGUGUGGUACUGGCUAAUGCCUGUGGUCCCUGCAUUGGACAGUGGGACAGGCGCGAUGUGAAGAAGGGAGAGAAGAACACCAUCGUGACGUCCUUCAACAGGAACUUCACCGCCAGGAACGAUGCCAACCCUGCCACACACGCCUUCGUCACGUCUCCUGAGAUCGUUACGGCCCUGGCCAUCGCCGGGACCCUGAAGUUCAACCCGGAGACAGACUUCCUGACCGCGCCCAACGGGGAGAAGUUUAAGCUGGAGCCCCCCACGGGGGACGAGCUGCCCGCGCGGGACUUCGACCCGGGACAGGACACCUACCAGCACCCGCCCCCCGACGGGGGCUCCCUGCGCGUGGAUGUCAACCCCGAGAGCAACCGCCUGCAGCUGCUGGAGCCCUUCGACAAGUGGAGCGGCCAAGACCUGGAGGACCUGCAAGUGCUCAUCAAGGUGAAGGGGAAAUGCACCACAGACCACAUCAGCGCCGCCGGCCCCUGGCUGAAGUUCCGCGGUCACCUGGACAACAUCUCCAACAACCUGCUGAUCGGAGCGGUCAACACGGAGAACGACGCGGUCAACAGCAUCCGCAACCAGCUGACGGGCGAGUUCGGGGGCGUGCCCGACGUGGCUCGCCACUACAAGAAGAAUGGGCUGCAGUGGGCCGUGGUGGGGGAUGAGAACUACGGCGAGGGCUCCAGCAGAGAGCACGCCGCCCUGGAGCCCAGGCACCUGGGGGGCCGAGUCAUCAUCGUCAAGAGCUUCGCCAGGAUCCACGAGACCAACCUGAAGAAGCAGGGGCUCCUCCCCUUGACCUUCGCCGACCCCCGCGACUACGACAAGAUCCGCCCUGACGACAAGAUCUGCAUCAAAGGCCUCCGGACAUUUGCCCCCGGCCAGCCCCUGAUGGCGGUGAUCAAGCACUCGGACGGGACUCGGGACAGCAUGCAGCUGAACCACACCUUCAACGAGACGCAGAUCGAGUGGUUCCAGGCCGGCAGCGCCCUCAACCGCAUGAAGGCGCUGCAGCACUGAGUGGGCGGAGCCCAGAGAGGAGCGGGUCAUGCAGGAAGGGGAGGGGCCACACCACGGGUGGGAGGGGAGAGGGGUAACGGCCCCGACGUGGAGACAGCGAGAGAAGCCACACCCCUCUUUAUUCACACAAACUGACAACUCCUGACAUUUACGUUGCACACACGCACACGCACACACACGCACACACACACACGGAGAGAUCCAUGCCCAUACGUGAUGUUUGCCAGGUGCCACUUGUGGUAAAACUUGUACGCUUCUGUUCACAGAUGGGAACUAUCCAUGUUUCAGGUGUAAAUGUUAAAUAUAUUCACUGUGUAGAAGUGACCCCCCGUACUUGAAAGUCAUGCGCGCCAAUCAAUGGAGAUAUUAUUACACUGCGCAAAAUAGCAACAUACCGUCACUCCGCCAGGCCAGCCAGUCUUAAGGAUCACUCCAAUGCAGCUCUCUGGAUAUCAAACCAUAAUCGCACUGCUAUUAUCAGCUGAUCUUCUGUGUAGCAUUCAUACUAGUGCCCUCUCUCUAGCACAAAAAGUGCUCAUUGUGCUGUGUCAGCUACGUGGUGCUGUUUGUGACAGAAGGCAAGCGCUCCAGAUUUCACCUCACACACACACACACACACACACACGCAGACACAGGGUAUCCCAGGUUGAAGUAUUUGUCAGUGCUUUCUCAUUAAAGGACCUUAACAGUACCAGAACGUACAGAUACCUUUACACUUUCCCCCUUUCCCACCAUUGAUUUACUGAUGCUUAGAAAGGUCAAUAUUUCCACGUUUUAAAGGGAGGCUUAUUUAUUUGUAUUUUACUGAAAUAUGGACCUAGUUUUUCUUGUCUAGUGCUUUACAGUUUUGGUGAAAACUGGUUUGAAUCUCACUUCUGUCCCAGUUAAAAACCCUUUUUUGUAGGGUUGUGUAUUUAUGUUUUCGGUACUGGCCAAAUCUAGCUCAUGGAAAUGCACGAGUCUUGCUACUCAGCGCCCCCUAUAGGUCUGAUCCAGCAGUCUUCCUUAUGUUGCUUUUUAUUUUAUUUAUUUCUUCUCUCCUUUCUCUCUCAGCACAAGUCCUCUCUUCCCUCUUGUGCCUAUUAAUGCGGUUUUGUGAGGAGGCUGAGUGUCCGUGGGCCUGAAUGCAAGGGAACUGAGGACUAGGUGUGGAUGUAGCCCACCCCGCAGUGCGUCUUACUGCGCUCUCCGUUCUGGGCACACGCAUGCAUGCACUCACAGAUGCACACACACACACACACACACACACGCAUGCAGCCACUCGUUUCUCAAACCACUGUUCUCUGCAUUUCCGUAUUUGUUUUGGUUUCUCUACACUCCCCUCCUUGGGGAGGAAUUGACCUACUGUCCUCUGCAGUAGGUUGUUGUGACAAGGUGACGUUUCAGCAAAUGGAAACCUUAUUGCCGGUCUGCCUGCCUGCCUGUGUGUGUGUGUGAGAGACCUGAAAGAGCGAGAGGAAGGGAGAGGAAAGCAUGAGGUGGACUCGGUUCUGCUUGUCCAGCGGUGUUUUGUUUCCUGUGUGUGGCUUUCUCUUGUCAGUGGAACGGAUCCUUUCCCAACAUCUGUCCUUUCAGUCUUGGUGUUACCCUGUGUGAUAAUGCUAGGGCUGUCAGAUAGCUCACUAUGUCAGGACGUUGUCUUUAAAAAAUAUAUAUAUAAAUAAACGCACAAUCUAGUGUACAGGGGCCUAGGUAUUACUGCUGUUUAGCAUGUACGGGAACUAUUGUACACAAGUCUUUCACUCAUCACACUUUCCUCAAUACAGUCUUUCAAAAUUGGUGCAUAAAUCAUUGCAAGGUGUAUGAAAUGGAUUGCUGAUUUUGAAGUUUGGCUUGGCUGCACUCCUGCUUGUGUGAAUAUGUGAAUAUGUAGCCAGUGGGGAUGUAGAUUAAUCCAGAAGCUGCCUAACCAGCCGAUGCCCACGUUACUGGCAGUGUAGGGUGCCUUGGUUAAGCAGCGGGUGUGUAUAUUUGGGGAAAAGGUGCCGACAGCUGUGUUGGCGGGUCUUCGUCCUUUGUGGCAGAAGCCCUAGAGAUACGGUCUCCCAUUGAGAAGCCAGACUUUCCGGUCCAUUGUAUCUGUUCAGUGUGUCCGGCCAGCAGUGCUCUGUAUCUUGACAAUGAAAUGACCACUUUGCUGGUUGAAAUCGCUCUCUCAGAACCGUUCGGUUAAGUCUAUGAGUUUGCGCACUUCAGACUCCAUCCUCUCUGGUGCUCCUGCUCUGUGGAAUACAGUGUAAUUAUUCUUCUGUGGUUAAUUAUAUUUUCUGCCAAUUAAAAAAAAAAAAAAAAAAAAAAUUAAAAAAAAUGUGUGGAUGGAAUGAUUUUAUUCCAUUUCCACUGUGUUUCUGUAGAUCUCAGAGAUGGAGAUGGUUUGUGAUCUCUGUCACUGAAGAUCGGUGGUGGAUCUUCAGGUUCUGAAAGUAAAGGUCCUCCCCAGGGUUUUAUUACAAUUGCCAGAUUCUGCUAAUCAUCAAACUUCUUUAGCCAGAAGGUGGAACUAAUUGGUGAAAUCAGCUGGCUGAGUUUAUGGGGGGGUGGAAGAAACACAUGGCAGGGCUUGUACUUUCUGACCCCUGGGCUUUCCUCCGCUUCCGAAGAUGGGUUGAGGCGGUUGAAGCCAAACUCACUGAUGUACAUCAGACUCUGUCAAACUCCUCAUGUCAAUUUGCCCUGUGUUGAAAUGUUAAAAUCAUUAAAGCCCUCUAAAUACAAAUUUCUGUUAAGUGGCUCCCUCAUCACUGGUCUUUUGCCGUAAUCGCCAAAGAUGCCUCAUUCCUGCUUUGAAUGCUUAAAAUGCUUGAAAUGCUAAAAAACCUUUAGAAAAAUAAGGCUAUAUUUUGGGUUUGUUUGUGGCAUUAAAACAUUUCAAAUUUGGUAAUGAUUAGUGAGUAAGACUGCUACCAAGAUCAUUCUAACAGUACUUUGUUGCUUGAAGUUUUAUGCAAAUAACAGCCUGUUUCAAUGUGCUUUUGACCGCUUCUUUGAGGUUUGCAAUAUGGGUACAUGUAAAAUGCAAUAUGUAAAAACUAAAGCUACUUCUCUGCAUUACAACACAUCCAUCCUCAUACACCCAUAUGCUAAUAUUAUGAUGUAACACAAUGCAAAAUACUGUUGGUAAUCGGUUUGAAUCUGUGUUUCUGGACAUUACUGUAUAAUCACAAACUGGAAUGCCAAGUGAAUUUCAGAGGAGCCCCAUCGGACAAGGCUUCAUGUGAACAGAAUACGAAAUCUGUUCCUGACUGUCCGUUCUGCUGCGCUGUGUAGUUUAGGAGUUGUUGGGUAUCAAUUUGGUAUGCAACUUGGACAAAACCUUGGUUGACCAUUUGUGGAAGCAUGACCGAUGGCUGCCUCUAUAAAUUUACUCCUGGCAUUUUCAUUCUGCUAUAUCCAGAUGUUAACACUCCACUGUUUUCAUCUCUUCUUUUGAUUUUAGAGGAUGUGAUUUUAUAAAGUAGAUGAGAGGAAUGAUUGGCUCGCAAGAAUGAGAUUUGACUUCCUCUGGAGAAAGAGCUAUUAAAUAUUUAUCAAAGAA